GUCACGUUCCUCAUUGCCUCAUUCAAGAGAAACCUUCUGAGCGUGUUGGUAGUCUGAACAAGUUUCAAAAUAAUGUGUGUGGGGCGCAACGUUGAUGUUCACUUCCAGGAAGUGCAUUUGCAAGCAAGCUCACCCUGUAAGGACAGCAUGGAAAAUUUGUGGAAAGAAGAUGCUCUCGCGAUUUCCACCAAAUACACACGGACUAUACUUUUUGGAUUUGCUGACCUACUUCAAACUAUACAGAAUUCGACAUUCUUCAGAAUUAUUUUUCACACCACACAGCCAGCACAUCUCAUCACUGCCAUAAGUGUACUGGCAAUUGCCGGAUUUCUGAUACCGUCUGAGGCUCCUCACAAUGUUUCGCGACUGUGGACCCUAAUUUAUUUAGGUUCCUUCAGUAUGCACCUAGGAGCUCAAAUAUGGAUGACUUUCAUAUCUGGGCUGUCUCUCUAUUUUUCGAUACCCAGACAUACAUUUGGAUGUGUACAGAAAGUGCUUUUCCCAAAGUAUUUUCUGCUGAAUGCUGUCCUCAGUUUCAUUACUCUGAGCGUGUUUCUCAAAACGCAUAACAUUCAGUUUGGAAACAUCGAAAUUAACUCACAGGUUUUCUCGAUGACACUCUGUUUUUUGAUUGAGUUGCUCACACGUUUAUACCUCACUGCUCCUCUACUCAGACUUAUAUCAAGUAAAAAUGAGAUAGAAAAAGAUGCUGGUGUAGGCAUGGAAGUGGGGAAUUUCAAGCCUGGUAAACUUCUGGAAAACGAGGAAUAUAUGAAACUUCACAAGUCUUUUAGGAAACUCCACAUUACUAUAGCAAUUGGUAAUAUCAUCAGCAUGGCUUGCACUAUGUGGCACCUUUAUUAUUUGUCACAGAAAAUAAGUAUAAUAUGAUACUGAUUGAUUGGUUUAGAAUGUUUAGAUAAUCAAUUUCCCAAUUCGUUUAUUUAUAAAAUUUACAUCAUUCAUUUAAAAUUCUCAUCCAUGUAUUUAUUAUGAAUUUCAUGCCUUCUCUAAACUAUAAUUUAAAUGAGUGGGUAUCUCAAUUUCAACUCAUAAAACUCCAGGGAUAGAUUAAUGAGACUGCUCUAGUUUGAUAUUAAAUUUUUCUUCCUCAUGAAUUAUCUUGAAUAUUUAAUAGAAAUUUAUAAUCUACUAAUUUAUAAAUGUUUCGUUUUCAUAUAGUACAAAGAAAUAUGUGAGUUGAGGAUAUUUAUGCAAUAUUUCAACAUAUUGGCAUCAGUCAACAAAUUGACAAAACUGUUAAAUCUCAUAUAGUUUAAAUGACUGGGCCAGUUGUUGCCCAUACAAAACUUUCCAUACGCAAUUGUAUUAUAAGUUCGUUUUUCAAUACCCUGUCACAAAUAUUUUCCAUAAGGUAUACAUUUCCCCAUUUUUUGCUUGAAAGUGAGAGGCUAACAUAUUUGUGUUUAUAAAAAAUUAUUCUGCCCAAAAAAUGUGAUAUUUUCAAUUAAUUUAUGAAUAUAUUCAAUUCCUGAAUUGUUGAUUAUUAUGUGAAUUGCUUUACCUAGGUACAUAUUGCUAGGUGGGUUGAUAUUGAAAUUAAAUUAUUCUUUGUAA